AUAUGGAGGACAGUGGACGGUAGUGAUGAGAAUUUAUCUGUGUUUUUCACUUAAAACAUGCCUAGAAGACGAAAUGGAGAGUUACCAUUACCUUCUGGAUGGGAAAUUGGGCAUGAUUAUGACGGAAAGAUAUAUUUUAUCGAUCACAACAACAAGAAAACCACAUGGAUUGACCCAAGAGACAGCUACACCAAAGCUCAGACCUUUGCCGACUGUGUAGGUCAUGAACUACCUUAUGGCUGGGAAGAGUGCUUCGAAGGCCAGAUUGGUGUAUACUAUGUUGAUCACAUUAACAAACAAAACCAAAUUGAGGACCCCAGAUUAGCAUGGCGGAGCGUUCAGGAGGCCAUGCUGUCUGAAUAUCUCUGUUCAGCACAGAAUGACCUCAGUGCCAAGCAAGAUAUAAUGCAAGUCAAAGAACAACGACUUGCAUUAGCUCAGGAUGAGUACCAUCACCUCAACACCACACUCACCAACCUGUUCAGCUCAAGAUCCUCAUUAAGUUCGGGUGGAAGUGGUGCUGGACGGUAUGACCCAGACUUGCUCAAGACAGACGUGGCCAUGGCCAGAAGUCGUGUGGGUCGUUUAAAAAGGGAACUCCAUCAGAUAAAACACGAAGUAGCCAACACAGAGGCUGGCAUGCAAACACUAGCACAAGUUCAAGAAAAGUUAAGCGGUCUCACAACAGGUUACACUGUAGAAGAGGCCCAAGUUAUCAUUGCUGAGCUCAAGAAUAUUGAAGAGUCUUUACGGGCAGGAGAAAAAGAAAAGGCAGAACUCAUCAAAUCCUUGACGGUGUUGAGAGAAGACAUUAUUUCUGCAGAAACAACACAAACUAUAGAAGCUAACUUGGAAAAAUCAUCAGAAAAACAUAGCACUGCAUCACAGACAGAUUUUGGUGGUGAGGGCAUGCCUCUUGGUGCACGUUUGGCAGAGCUCACGAGACUCAAACUAGAGUACGACUCUGCAAAGAGUACACUGAAGGGGCUGCAACAUGAUUUAGCGGGGUUAGAAGAGAGAUUAUCACCCGAGGAUCUUCAGGGGGACCGUGACCGCGUAGUUCUUAUUCAGGAGAAGGAGCAGCUACUGAGAGAGUUCCGAAGUGUACGAUCAUAUACUCAUGACCCACUACAGGUUUGUGAAUUGGAAGAUAAGAUCAACCAAUUGGAGUGUGACUUGGCUAAGGCCCUGGAGGUUAGUAACAAGGCAGUGGCUGAACGGCUUUCCUUACAAGAACAAAGACAAGAUCUGUUGUGCCGCUUGCGUGACACAGUACGCAUUAUGGUGGGCCUUGAGGGACAGCUACGGUCACUGUCUGCAUCAACUCUCUCUGUGUCGUCAUCAUCAUCGCUGGGAUCUUUGUCCACAUCCAGCAAGGGCUCUUUAUCCAGCCUGUCAUUUACUGAUAUAUACGGUGGACAGCAAUAUUCUUCGAGUGAGCAUGUUGCUCUUAAUAUGACGGAACUACAAAAACGUGUGGAAAGAUUGUUAAAGUCCAACUCAGAGGCUGACCGGCAAUAUGCUGAAAAACUGCGGACCCUGGAAGAAAGUAGUGGAAAUUCUGCUGCAUUGUCCCAGUCCAUGUUAUCAUUGUCUCCACGGAGCUCCCUCUCUUCUCUCUCCCCACCUACCUCUGCCUGUGAAGCUCUUUCAGGCAUGGACCCUCUUGGGCCACCUCGGUUUACUCCAGGGGAAGGGGGUUGCACUGGGAAUGGACAACUUGCCAAUGUAGAUCUUAGUACGGUACAGGACCGGUUAGUAGAAUUGUGUCUCGCUCCUUCCACGACUGAGUCUGGAGCUUUGUCAAAUCCUCAUGUGGCAAAGGUUGCCGGCAAGCAGUUAGACUCCACAUUGAUAGGAAACAAACAAGUGAAGGAAUUGACAGAAUAUGAGUUUAAUGUAGCAAACACAAGUGUUAGUGGUGUAUUAUUAGGACGGGCGAGUGGUGAAAGUGAUGUGCUAUAUGAAAUGGUGGAUGAGGAAGAGGAGGGCUGUGUUGGGGAAAGGGAAGACAGUAAUGCACGGACAAUGUCAGCAGCAGUGAGUGAUGAGUCUGUGGCUGGAGAUUCAGGAGUCUAUGAAGCGUAUCCCAAGGGAUCAGCCUCGCCACCAGAAACAUCACAGGUGCAGAUUAAACUAAGAUACAGCAAACAAGAGAGCUUACUAAAUGUGGGAGUGGAGAGAGCACGUAACCUGUCCAUGCUCAACACAGAGGAUGGCUGCAAAGUAUGUAUUAAGGUACAACUGUUCCCUGCUGGUGCGGCAACAUUCACCUGCUGCACACACCUGGACAGUAACACAGAAAGACCAACCUUUGGGGAAACUUUUGCCUUCCCUGUUGCACCUCGUAAACUUCCAUCUAAGACUCUGCAGGUCAACGUAUGGGCAGUCAGCGACACCAAUGAAACCUUUGAUGAGGAGUGUGUGGGAUACGCUCAAAUAAGUCUAGCAGACUUUUGCCUGGAUACACCACAGACUCGAUGGUACAAUAUUCUCAACUUUGCCAUGUUGAGACCAGACCAUCUGACUCGGGAUGACCAAUCCUCCAAAUCAUCAACCUUGCGGUCUUCAGUUUCAACCUCAAAUGUCAAAGAGGAGAGCAGUGACGAGUCCACAAUCAUAUCAUCACAGACCUCUACCCUAACUCGUAACCUUGGACCUGAAGCCCUGCGCCUCAACCUCCAUCUCACAUCAGAGGACUUUGAGCAUGUGAUAGGUUCAGACGAUGAUGAUGAUGAAGAGGAAGAGGAGGAAGAGCUUGAAGUAGGCCAGGAAGAGGUUAUGGAAGAAGCUCUAGAGAAUGCUGAGGACACAGCUGUUGAGGGAGACUCCACUGAUCAGCUGGUCGAGAUGGCCGACAAAGAGACCAACACAGAGUGCAUGUUUAUGCCCCUGUCGGCCAGUCUGGCAGGGUCACGCACGUCCCUUGCACCUCCAAGGGUCGAGGGGACCGACCCCAAGCCUGGAAUCCCAGUGAUAAAGAGGUCCCAGACCUUUACUCCAUCUGCUGCAGUGGGCAAGAGCCACUACGUCUGUCGGCUGAACCGCAGUGACAGUGACAGUUGUGUGCCCAUGUACAGACGGGCACCAUUCCAACGUGGAACAGCAGAAAGAAGAUCUUUAAGAUGGAAAGGUCGUCUUGGAGGGUCCUUAAGAUUAUCUUCCAGGUCACCUGGGUCAUCAGGAAUGAAGGGUGGCCGUACAUCUUUGGAUCUUGAGUUGGAUCUAGCAGCUCAGCAACGUCGUCUCCGUCAGCUACAUGAAGAGCUGGAAGGUUUGCGUAGUCUCAAGACUCAGCUAGAAAGUGUUAAGAACUCCCCUGACCCACCAUCAUGGCUGGCAGACCAGACCACCAUGACCAGUGUUCUCACACAGGCCACGAAAGGUGGUGGUGUUAAGUCACCUGAAGACAGAAGGAUGGAGAAAAUGCUGAGGAAAACAUCAAGAGAGAUUCACAAACUACGAAAUUCAAAGACACCUCGAGGUCAACCUGAUGUUGUGUCAUUUAAGGAAAAAAUGGCAUUCUUCCUCAAAUCCAGUCCCACCAUUCCUCCAUUGAGUAUGGAUUCAGACAAUGAAGUGGCUUCUCCUACUGAACCACUCAGCCCUCUUCAACCUACGGCAGCCACUACAUUACCAUCGUAUGCAUCGGUUACUUCAGAUCAUAAAAAUAUAUCUCAUUCAUCAUGUGUCACAAGUGAAGAUCAAAAAUCUGGUGAACACACUCCCACACAAUCUCCACAUACAUCAUCUCCCUCAUCACCAACACCCACCUCAACCACUACUUCACCUCCCAUGCCUGGGUCUGCCUCCCCAUUAGUGAGGCAGUUAACUGCCAGGCAAUCAACCACUGGUGCCAUUCCCAAGGUCUUCCGCCCUGAUGUUCUUUUCAGCACAGAAGACCAGGGUGUGGAGGUCUGAUCUUCCCUUUAAAAAUAUAGGGGAUCGUUCAGUGGUCUCGUAUAUUAUUUUUGUUCAUGACUCAGUCUAUCCAGUGCCACCAGGCUUACUUUUAUUUAUUUAGGAGACCCUGGACUAAAGCUACGACAGACACAAAGAACAUUACCAUUUUAGUCGCUGAAUCUCUUAUUUUACAGCUUGAAUUGUUGACACAAGACGCGUGUAUAGAUGUCUGCUUUCUUCAGGGUUCUCAUCUUUUACAUAAAGAGGCUUCCAUAUGCCUGUGUUGCUGGGUGGACGUCUCAUGUCUCUCACUCACUCACUCACUUGACAGUAAGAAUCCCGGUUGAACUCACCCACAGGGAUCUUCACAGUUUAUUUUUCUUAAGAUAAUAUUACAGCCACAGAAGAUCAUUGUAUGGCAUUAUUUGCUCAUAAGGCAAAGAGGAUGUACAUUUAAGGAUUUUUGACUUCAAGAAAUGAUAAACAUUUUCACAUAAUACGCUUCCCAUUAAUGUGGGAGUGAUGGAAUGUCACAAAUAGCGUAAAGGGUCUGUAUAUGCUGUGCCUUCCACUAGUGAUACUUCCCUCUUGUCUUCCACUUUUCAGGAGAUUUGAUAAUUCUCACAUGAUCAUACUCAUAGGAAGACUGUGCAAAUGUGUUCUAUUGAGACGUUUCAACAGUUCUUGGAAGUUUGAGUGCUGGUGAAUGCCUAUGGCAAGGCAAACCUCACUAUUAUGCUAGAUUACCAAGGCUUACCUGUGUACCUGCUCUGUCUCCAAUGUUGGGGAGUGUGUCCACUUUCUUUAUAUUGUGAAAAUACUUAUCAUAAAAAUUUACAUUAAGGAAGUAGGCACUCUCCUUUGUAGGUUUUAAAGAAAAAGUUUUAAAAAUGAACCUCGGGUCCAAACCUGACGUUAAAGCAUGCUUGUAUAGUCUUUGAUGUUAUUCCCAGAAUUGUUGAAAGGUGACAUAUUGUUAUAUGUAUGAAGGUGGAACAAUGCGUUGGCAGCUGUUUUGGUAGAGUUGUUGGCAACUGUGAGAAUAAGCAAUAUUAGUUGUGUUGGAACUAAGUCUUCUGCUUCCCUGUAUCUUCACUUUUUACAUGGUCAUGUUUUUAAUGACUGAAACCAAAUUUAUUUUAUAUAUUUGUACAUUGAAUAGGGCCAGACUUACGAAGAGUAUUUAUAUAUUAUCUAUAACUUGUUUAUAUUACGAAUAGUUAUUGUCCGCUAACAGAUUGAUAAUAUUACAUAAUUAAUAGAUGUGUCCAAGAAUGAGUACUAACUUGUUACAUUUCAAACUUUCACACAGAGAAGUUGAACCAAAAAAAUAUAUUGUAUAUAUGUAAAUAGAAUCAUUCUAUAUGCUAUUUCCAUGUGCCUUUGGCAGUUACAAAUUUGUUAUUUAUGCUAACAAAGAUGAAACGAG